CCGAUUCCGACUACGAGAUUUCCAACGGAAAUUCAAGAGGUACUGCUCAUAUGCAAAACGACGAUACAGGCACGGAGAAGGCUUCUUCGGGAGAAAUGGUUGCAGACGUCCACUCAGGUGUCUCAAUGGCAGGGUUAUGCCUGUGAAAGGCCAAUGGGGAGGCUGUCCCCGAAAUGCCAGGUGUUAUGCAAGGAGAAGACAAUGUCGAUGUCGUCGUGGUCAUGGUAGAUAUGGCUCGUUUGGAAGGAAAGAUUUCCUUAGUGAAUGUAUAAGAAUAGCUCCCAUUGUAAGUUGCCCACGGCCGUUCAGGAGUGUGGAGGGAAAAUGCAUUUACUGCUCUAACUGUAGGGCAACAUUUGCUGAAGCCUCCACUAGGUGCAGAAAAUACGGGGGACAGUUGUACAAGAUCAAGAACAUCAUUGCUGGCCUCAGACGACUUCAGAGACUCAACAGACGACAUCGAAGGAGGAACAGAUGGACAGGUGGUGUUGACAUCAAUUUCAAGAAAGUCCUACAACAAUCGGGAGAAUUCGAAUUUGUUAUGAAUGGAAGGGUACUUUCUAGAAUUUUUCAUUUACCCCUACCGGGCCUGCAGAAGGGCACUAUAGGUUUUAUUGCCAUCUGUUUGUCUGUUCAUCUGUCUAUCGUAUUCAAGAGAACCGCUAAAGCCUCUCUGAAGUUUGCUUUUGGCAAGGGAGAACUGGACGCCACGAAGGAAUUCAUCAUCAAGUGCGGAGGAGUGUUCCGGGCAAAGUGGUUCCGUGGUUUGAAAACCGCAGAUGCUUUGAAACAGGAGGCCGAACAGGAAGCUCUUGACAAGGAUAACAUUAAUAAGGACAAAUGUGUUGCCAUCGACUACGAGAACUUUGCUGCAGGAAAACCAAUCCUUGAAGACUGCAACCAAAGACUCCCAUACUGUUGUGAAUUUACCAAUGAUGUUGAUCCUGAUGAAUUUGAGUGGACUAAAUGGAUAAACACAGGAAGACCAAGAUGGAAUAAAGAAUAUGAAAGUUACGCCAGAGCUAGGAGAAACAGGAGAAUCCGCAAGCAAAUCAAGAACCUGUGUAUAUAUCCCCGAGCCAUCAAGUGCCGAGUUAAGGGUGGCCAGGAAGUCACAACUACGUACAAGGGAAAACGUCUGGCCAGACCAUGCGGUCUGUGGAGACAUGGAGGAGGAAUCAUGUGCAGAGGCAGACAUUGUCCCGACUUCGAAAUCAAAGUCUUGUGUGAGAAAGUUGUCGACUUCUGCGCUCUGCGAAGGAACCAAAACAUCUGCAGGAGGCGAGGGGCACGCUGCAAGAACAAGAGAGGUGGAUUCCGCUGUGUGGGCAGAAAGAGGAGAAGUCGCGGACGGUGCUCCACCACCUGCUGCACAGAGGCAGGCCAAUGUCAAAGUGUUGGUAUCUGCUCUGUGAGUGGUGAUCCCCAUUACCGAUUCUUUGAUGCUUGCGGCAAAAAAAUUGACUUCAUGGGCGUCUGCACAUACCUGCUUUCCGAAACCACUGUGAUUGGCGACAAUCUUCUGCCAUACAGCUGCAAGGUUCAAAACCACAAGAGAAGGAAUCCUAAAGGCCGACCCUCGUGGACCGAUUACGUAGUCUGCACCAUUGGCAAGUACACCAUUAAACUGGGACAGAAGAAGACAGUUGAAGUUGGUGAGCCUGGUGCUAUGAUGAGGAUUACAUUACCAUGGAGUGUAGACAUGGAUGGCUACCACUUGGAAAUAGUCUUUGCAGGACGGUUCGUCAAAAUCAAGGCAUCCAACUGCUUGGAGAUUAUGUUUGAUGGCUCAACGCAAGUGCAAGUUCGCUUGCCCAUGGUGUAUCAAGGAAAGGUUCGUGGUAUCUGUGGAAAUUUCAACGGCAAAAAUGAUGUCGAAUUCUUACUCCGAGACGGCACCAAACCAACAGGAAGCAGACGCGAGAUCUCAAAACAGAUUGGUGACUCGUGGCUCUCUGACGAACAAUAUGGCAAAUGCACCACUACCAAGGUUCUGAAGGAAUGCACUGCUAAACAAUUGAAAUUUAUCAGCGACAAGAGUCGUUGUGGCAUGAUUACUGAUCCCAAAGGCAAGUUUAAAGCUGCUCUGGCUGGCAAGAGUAUGGCGGAUGGGUCCUCCAUUGAUGACUAUCUCAAGAAACUGGAAGACCAAUGCAUGAUUGACUACUGCAACAACGGGCAGAAAGAGGAGUUCUGUGACAAUCUGGGGACUGCGGCACACAGCGUCAAGGAUGUCUUUGCUGAUUGUCUUGUUAACUAUUUUGCUGCCACCAAGGGCCAGUGCAAGCCGGAAUGUGGACGCCAUUCUACGUACCGACUCCACAGUGCAUGCGAGAAUACGUGUGCUGAUCUGGAUGCCGAAGAUGACUGCAAUGUUGACGAAAAGGUGCUUGACUGUGCGUGUGAUGAAGGCUUCGUCAGACAAGGCAAGGACUGCGUUCCACCCGAGUCAUGUGGCUGUACUAUUGAAGGACAUUACUUGAAGGUGGACGACCCGACUUCGUUCUUCAUUGAGGACUGCACCACGAAGUUCACGUGUGUGAGGAACAAGAACGGAGAUAUUGAGGAGAAGAAGGAAAUUCUCGGCAAGUGUUCCAGCAACGCUCGCUGCAAGCUCAACGGACAGUGCGUGUGCAACAUGGGUUACAUUGGAGACGGACGAAAUUGCAAACCCGAGAAGACGAUAAAAUGCAUUCCUCCUUACAAGACCUUCGGCACCAAUCGUUGUUACAAGGUCGUCUAUGAAGAGAAGAAACACGAUGACGCUGCUUUGUCAUGUGCCUUGGAUGUCGAUAUGGGGCGUCUGGCUCGAAUUGACAGUGAGGCUGAUGAAGCGAACAUUAAAAGGGUUCUCUCGAUACAUCUCUGUCGCUCAGAAUACUGGAUUGGUGGAAAUAAGCUAGUGACGCAACGACACCUUAACGCUAAGGACAUGUACAAAGUGACCCAGGUUGACUUGCCACAAGCCGAACUCGAUAUUUCGGGUGAGAAGUCGAUGGGUUGCAGCUUCGUCCGAAAUGCAAGAGGAAGAAAACCCCGCCGAAGAAGACGGCAUUGGAAAAAUGUUCGUAAAGGAAAGAAUGUAGGAAAAUUCAACCGGAAUAGAAAAUUAAUUGACAAAAAGUUGUUCAAGUUCUUGAAGAAGUAUAAAGCGGCUGACAAGCUGAAAGUUCCAAAUAGAAGAUGGCAUUAUGGAUCGCGAUUAAGAAAUAUGAGAAGGAAGUUGACUUUGCUUCUGCAGAGAAUGAGGAAAAAAAAAAAGAAUGCAGCAUGGAGAAACGCUCGAGAGACCAGUGCUGCCAGAGACUUUGCUGACUGCUUUGACACAAAGAGCUACAUUUGUGAAUAUGAUCCAGAGCAGAGAGAAAAGAUUCCCAAAAGAUGGUCAUGGAAAUUUGGUAUCAGUGCACUUCCACGUAAAAAGAAUCAACUAAGGGAAUGGGUGCAGAAUCCAAAAAUUCUCAGAGCAAUGGCUAAGUUCCCACUAUGCAAGUCGCCAACAGAUAUCCGCUGCUAUGAUGGAGAUGGUAAAGUCAUCAAGUCUGGAGACGGUGGUGUUAUCUGCAACAUUAAAAAAGGAUUUAGGUGCAAAGGCAAAAAGUGCAGGAAAUACAAAGUUCAGUUUGAAUGUCCUAUAGAUCAAGAUGAAUGCCGUCUGUUCGGUGACAAUGCCUGUCUUGGCAAUAUGAUGUGUUACAACCUGUUUGGUCACUACAGAUGCGUAUGUCCACCUGGACAGAUCUUCGAUCUAGAAAGCAGAACUUGUGGAGCUGACAUCUGCCAUUGUUCGGCCUGGGGCGAUCCCCAUCCACAGUCAUGUCUUGGCACGAAGUUCCACUUCCAGGGAGAGUGCAAGUACCUCCUGACCGGAACGUGUCCUUGGCUCACGAAGGAACAGAAAAGCGGACUGAAUAUCUUCAAGGUCGAGGUGAAGAACUUCAAGUGCGGGAAACCAGAAAAGCAUGUCACGUGUACACACAGCGUGUUUGUGACACUCUACGACGCUGAUGGAGACGAAACCGACCACAUCGUAUUCGGCCGUGGGGAUUCAAUGACGGUGAAUGGCGUCAAACUGCAAACCUCAUCGCCGGACUGCGCUAACCAGCCAUACUCCCUGAAACUGAACAAGCACAUCUGGACGCUCGAAACUCGCUAUGGUCUGAUGGUCAACUUUGACGGCCGCCACAGGGUGAACGUCCAGGUUCCCAGGAAGUACAUCGGCAAGCUGUGCGGUCUGUGUGGGGCGUACACGGUGGGCGAUCUCAACGCGCAGUUUGUGUUCGGUAACCAGAGUGUGGCCAGCGUUAAGAUCAACCCCAAGUGGCCCCGACUCGACCAUGUGGUAGCUACGGACUUUGGAAACUCGUGGCAAGUCAACGAUCCAGAGGAUCCAAAAUGUAAAUUACUACCCCAUAAACCUCAACCAACGUGCAAACAAAAGGACGAAUUCCUCACCAGCCAAAAGUACUGCAACUAUGUGAGCACCAUUGAGGAGUGGAAUAAGGAGUGUGUUAAACUGCUCGGGGAGGCGAUUAUUAGAGAUUGGAAGGAAAACUGUGUUUUGGAACUGUGUGCCAAUGCCGAAGGAGUAAAGAAAUCUCUGUGCCAGUCCUUGGAAAACAUUAUCAAUAAAUGCACAGAGCAGGCCAAGCUCAAGAACAUAACUGACUUUGAUAUUUCAUGGAGAACUGAAGACAUGUGUGGUUUGAAGUGUGAAAAUGAUGAAGUCUUUUCCAAUUACGAGUGUGAAUUGUCUUGUGGCGACAGCUCAGAUGACCUCUCUACCUGCAAAGCCACACCUGGCCGCGCCGGUCAGAUGUGUGUGUGCAAAGAAGGCAUGCGUCGUGACCCACUGACCAAGAAGUGCAUCCCUGUAGAUAAAUGUGGUUGUAUUAACCGUGAUGUCACCCCACCAACAGUGCACAAGAAAGGAGAUGUGGUGCUGAGUGAGGACUGUCAACAGAAGCGAUCGUGCCUUGGAAACUCGGAGUGGAGUGAAUACGCAGCCAUCCAAGGCCUGUCUCAGAACAUGGACUGUAAAGAGGAUGACAACCAUGAACCGAAAUUGAGCUGCAAAGAGGGCUACACUGGCGAUGGCUAUACAUGCACAAAGAAUCCAAAAGAAUGCACUGAAGGCUGGACUCAAGUUGUGGAUAAAUGUGUGAAGAUAUUCCUUGAACCAGAAACGUGGAUUGGAGCCAUUCAGACAUGCAACAUGGAAAAUGCCGUUCUUGUUUCAGUAACAAGCGACGCUAUAGCUUUGGCCGUUAAAAGUUACAUAACAACCAGUAUUCCAAAGGGUACAGGAUCAAAAGAAUUCUUUAUAGCUGGAGUGUCUAUAAAGCAAACAUCUGGAGGGUUUGUCAGUCUGCUCGCUUCCAAAAAAAUCACUGAUAUCAUUGGUUAUGAAAACUUCAUUGUGCCUAAAGCUCAAUUCACUGAAGCUAAUAGUCGAACAUGUUUCACCAUUAGUACUAAUCCCAAGGACUAUCUGAAACCAAUGAGCUGCUUACUUUCACGUGCCUUCAUUUGUGAAGAACGACCAGAACCAAGCCCAAACAACACAGAAGUGACAAAGUACUGUUCAGUUGCAUCAGCCACAGGAAACCAAAUGUCCACAAGGCUGUAUGAGGAUAAAGAGUGUGAUUUCUGCCCAGUGCCUAUGGGAGUGAAAUGCAGAAAGAAGGGUGCCACAGGGGCCGAAUUUUCUGGAACGUCACCAGAUAAGCUCGUGAACUGUGCUGUUGAUGGUAAAAGAAUUCUCAGAUGUAAUUCAGUCGACGCUGCCAAGAUUGCAGAAUGCUUGAAAUACGAAGUCAAAGCAGAUUGCUAUAAAGAUGUUGAUGAAUGUGAAGAGGGCCUAGCUGGAUGUGAUGACAACCAGGAGUGUAUAAACCUCUACGGUGCAUAUAAAUGUGUCUGCAAAAAUAACUACAUCAUGUUCAACGGAAAAUGUGAAGCUGUUGAUACGUGUACGAUGACCGAGAAUGAACAGGGUGAGAUUAACUUGUUUUCAUUCGCUGAUGGCACCAUGUCAUUCAAGAAGGUCUGUAAAUUUGACAUGGCUGUUGGCUGUGGAGACAAACCAAGUAAACCACUGGAUGAAAUCUCCGUGGAAACAGACGCAGAUGGAGCCAAGAUCAUCACCGUGGGAAUUGACGACAGGGAAAUCGUUGUCGGAGACGGCGCUUUCUCAUUUAUUGAAAAUGGUCAAGAAGUCCCUGGCGCUAUUCCUCCAAUUACGAGAGAACAUUUUGUAGUCAAGCGAUCUGGAGAAAUUACAGUUAUUCGAACGAAUGACAAUAGUAUCUUCAUCAAGAUUGACUUCCGAAAGGGCAACUUGGGACAGAUUUUAGCAUUACGGAUGAUGAAUCGUAACAUGGGUGGACUUUGUGGUGCGUGCACAGCACUGAAGAAAGACAGUGAUACAAAUGUAAUCCUAACAGCGGUUACAUCGAAAGACAGUGAGUUCAGUUGUGGACCAGCUGUAGACACUACCACAGCACCACAGACUACACAACCACAAGUCCCAACAACACCACCACCGACCACCACACCGCCGACGACAACGGAGAUCUUGACAACCGAAGGAACUACAACCACCGAAGAGGACACAUGCUCGGACCGUCCCAAAGCUAUGGCCGUCUGCGACUACCUGAAGGGCUCCCUGGCCACGUGUUACCAAGGCGAAGACCUGGACGAUGCGUUCAGCGGCUGCAUGACCCAGAUGUGCUCUUCAGCCGACAUCUGCACACUCAUCACGAGCAUGAUUCAGUCUAUCCAAAAGCAGUAUGGGAUGAAGAAUGAAUCAUGUGCCACUAAAGACGUCGCUACCCUGCAGGCGGCCGUCAAGACGAUGAAGUCGUCAACUGCGAGUCUACCUGCCCAGUACAAAUAUUCCUGCUUGCCAGAAUGUCCCGUUGACAUGGAGUACGACCCAAAUUUUGACUCCAACAGCGUUGGUGGCAGUGGUGGUGAGAAUGUCGACGCAGACCUUAACCUUGGUGCCUGCGUCUGCAAGGACACCAACAUGCCUCGCAAUGGAGUAGGCGAGUGCGGCAAACCUAAAUCAUGUGCUGACAAGGCAGAUGGAGUGACACGUGAGGAUGGUUUCAUUCAAAUUUCCAAAGACUGCACCAGUGUGAAACAGUGUGGAGAUGGGAAACUAACCGUUGGUGAUUACUCGUGUACCGCAAACUCCACCUGUAAGGAUGGUGAAUGUGGGUGCAACAAAGGCUUCCUGAUGGAUAAGUCCGGAUCAUGUGAACCACUUGUUACGGAAGAUGUGACCAAAGUCUGCUCAAGGCCUAUGAUUGGCGGUGAAAUGACUUGCGAGUGCAAACCUGGAUUUGUGUCCAUCUGCGGUGGUUGUCAAGAUGUUGAUGAAUGCCAUGCCGAUGAGCACCCAUGUGGUGAUGAUGAAGAGUGUGUCAACACCAAAGGAUCCUACAACUGCCAGUGCAAGAAGGGAUAUGCUAAACUGAGCGGUGUAUGCACAGACGUGGACGAGUGUAAGGCUGGCACCAGCCCAUGCGGAGAUCACCAACACUGCGUCAACAUAAAGGGAGGCUACGUCUGCUACUGCUGCGCCGGCUAUGAGACUAAACAACUGGGCAACUCAUUCGAAUGCAUCUGGAAGGCUACAAAUGCCAACCAAGAGCCUGCGACCUGCUGUCCCCCAUGCCUGACUGGGAAAUGUGCAUUGUCUGGGAAGAUCUGCCGGACGACGGGCCGCGAGCUGUACCGAGACUACCGGUCCAUGGUAGAGGAGAUGUGUCUGAGGAACGAACAGAACGUGGGUGAAUGGACGUACGGAGAGUGUCCCCCACUGGACCUAGGCAAAACUACGGCCGAACAAGAGGCCACGGCCAAACCCACUACGACUCCUGCACCUGUAGGUGGACCAUGCGACCGAGAUGAUGUAUGUGCGGACAUCCCCCCUGAUGAUCCAAAGAGCAAUAGCCCGAUCUGUGAAGUAGGCCCACAGAAAACGUGGCCCAACAUCUGUGAGUUCAGAGCAUCCAAGUGUUUGGGUAACAAUCCACCCAGUCCUCUCGACAACUAUCCAGAGACAACAGAUGGCGCCUGCAAUGCCCCAACCACCACUCCCAAUGGAGUUAAGCUCGGUCCAUGGACUCCUGACGGUCCGUGCCGACGAAUCACCAACAACCCAUGGUGUGGCAUACAGUGUGGUCUGAUAAAGAUGGUCCGAGUGUAUGAACUGCUGUCACAGGACGCCCCCCAGCCCACAUACGAAGAUCUCCACAAGACGAUCAUGUGCAACCCAUGUCCACCAGGAACAGAGACAACGCCAGCCCCACCCCCAGGUGCUACAACAAAAGCUCCUGAGGGUACAACCAAAGCACCGGAGGUAACUGCACCACCUGACCCAGAUACUGAGUUUAAAGACUUCCCUGUUGGCGGUGUUUGCUCAGCCGGACCCUUCAAGCCAGAUGGUAAAAACUUCACUCUGAAGACAGAACACGGUGACUGCAAUAUCGGCUACAGUUUCAUAUCGUGUAAACAUGGCACUUGUGGUAGUAGCACCAAGGAUUGCUGUCACACCGACAAAUUCAUCGACAAGACUGUCGAGAUCUCCUGCCCUAACGGAAAAGGAGGCAUUGACACCAGGAAAAUCAAGGUUCGUGUUCCUACCAGCUGUCACUGUACGGAUGAAGAGGAAGGCAUUGUAUCUGAUGCUUACAUUCUCCGGCGACGAUAGAGACCACACACAGAGGCCUUGUUAUAUAACACUUUUAUCAGUGACUCUAGUAAGAACACUUAAAACAACAGGUUAAGUUAUUGUGUGACCAAGCCUAGUCAUCACUUGGCGAUCUAAAUAAAGUACAGAAUAAAUAUACUGUAUCUCGAA